AUGAAGAAGUUCAAUAUGAGAAGGUAUAGUAUAAGGUGUGAAGAGAAGAACGAGAACAAAAGGCUUCGAGUUUUGAUAGCUGGUGGUGGUAUUGGGGGGCUAGUGCUGGCUCUGGCAGCGAAACACCAAGGAUUCGACGUGAAGGUGUUUGAGAAAGGAUCGAGUGCAGUGAGAGGUGAGGGUACGGAUCGUGGCCCGAUUCAACUGUCCAGUAAUGCCAUGGCAGUGUUGGAAGCCAUUGAUAAGGAUGUCGCGAGGCGGAUCAUGGAAGCAGCUGGCUGCAUUACCGGCAAUAGGAUCAAUGGCUUUGCCGAUGGCCUUUCAGGGAAAUGGUUAGCCAAGUUUGAUCUUUGGACUCCAGCUAUUGAAAGGGGGCUUCCUAUUACUCAAGUAAUAUGUAGAAUGGCAUUGCAGGACAUCUUAUUCAAUGCAGUAGGACAAGACACUGUCAGUACCAACUCUAAAGUUGUGGACUUCGUAGAAGACUGUAACAAGGUCACAGUGAUCCUUGAAGAUGGACGGCAAUAUGAAGGUGAUAUUUUGGUCGGGGCGGAUGGGAUCUGGUCAGAUGUACGUUCGAAACUAUUUGGGGCACAAGAAGCAAUAUAUUCAAAUUAUACAUGCUAUAGUGGACUAACAAAUUUUACACCAUCAUAUACUGACUUUAUUGGAUAUCGGGUAUUCUUGGGAUCAAACCAAUACUUUGUUGCUGUGGAUGUGGGAAAGGGGAAGAUGCAGUGGUAUGCAUUCCAUAAAGAGCACGCCAUGAAUUCUAAUCCUUCUUCAGGUAAAAAAAAGAGACUGUUGAAACUAUUCAAGAGUUGGUGCAGUGAAGUGAAUACACUAAUUUCAAAAACAACAGAGGGCAUGAUUUUAAGGAGGGACAUUUAUGACAGAGACAUGAUCUGUUCCUGGGGAAUUGGACAUGUGACCCUGUUGGGUGAUGCUGCUCAUCCUAUGCAGCCAAAUCUUGGGCAAGGAGGUUGCAUGGCAAUUGAGGAUUGUUACCAACUUAUACUUGAGCUUGAGAGGGUUUCCAAAAGAAGCUCUGAUGUUGGCCUGGCUAGUGCAAUAGCCUCAGCACUUAAAAGAUACGAGAAGAAACGAAUGCUUCGUGUCAGCACAGUACAUGCAGUGAGCCGUUUGGCAUCCAAAAUGCUUUCCUAUUACCAGCCCUACAUUAAUUUUGGAUAUGGCCCUCUGUCUCCAUGCCAGCGCCCAAGGCGCCGCCUAGCAUCCCAGGUUUUGCCCUCUUUUCCUUCGGCAUCGCCCAACACGCCUGGCCUCACCUCCACACUGCUCGGCUCAUGCCAGAUGUCACCCAACGCCUCGCUAGCAUCACCCAGCGGCUGGGCUUGCGUGAUGGCGCCACCUAUUGUUGUUGCAGCCCUGCCCCAUCUGUCAACUAGCCCACACAAGGGGUCACCCACUGAAGAUUUAAUUGUUGCCCACCUCAUGUCUUCACCAGCAGUGCCUGCACCCAGCCAACCGACGACAUCGCCUAACGCACUAAGGGGGCCACCCAAGUCAACUGAGUCAGGGGCGCCGCUCGUAGAGCCAAUAGCAUUGCCAAAACCAUUUGGGGCAUCGCCCAGCUUGCCAACCUGCUUGUACUUCCAGCCUAUGAGGCAUUGCCAAUCACCCUAUAGGCGCCGCCUUGAUCAGCUAUGGCAUCGUAGAUCACAGGAUGGAUUUCAUCUCCUUCACUGCCCUUUGUGGCAAUGCUAA